AAGGGGUGCGCGGGGGCGUGAGGACAGGCUACCAUUUUUACUAUAAAACACUUCCCACUAACUUGCCAUUUUUAUCGAUCUAUAUUUCUUCAAUCUCUUGUCAGUGGGACUAGAUCUUUAGAGUUUUAGUUUCCAAAAAUGAGUGAUCCCAAGUAUGCUUAUCCUUACCCUGCUCAAGGUCAUUAUGAAGGUCCUCCAGUUCCAAAAAUGAGUGAUCCCAAGUAUGCUUAUCCUUACCCUGCUCAAGGUCAUUAUGAAGGUCCUCCAGUCAUGGCUCCACCUCCACAAUAUGCUGCUCCACCUCCACAAUAUGCUGCUCCACCUCCGCAGUAUGCUGCUCCACCUCCAAGACCUGGUUUCCUUGAGGGUUGUCUCGCGGCUUUGCGUUGCUGCUGUCUAAUUGGUGAGUGCUGCUCUGAUUCUUCCAUACUCCCUGAGAGCUGAUCAUCUCUGUAGUGUAAUGUAUAAUGGAGAAAACGUUUUUUAUUAUAACUAAAUAUCAGGGGUUUUUAUUUUAUUUUGUUGUUGAUGUGUCUUACUCUAAAAUCUUCUUGAUGGAAAUUUCUUGAGAUAUAUUUCUUGUAUUUCCAUAAGAAAAAGAUUUGAUUAAUGAAUAGUUACGUUUCUUUUAGAA